AUGGGUUGCGCAGCGCCUGCUGUGACUACAGGGGGCGACGUGAAGGUCCCCGAGCUUGAAGGAGUGCUUGUGACUGUAGCGGGUGGUGUCGUCGUAGGAGAACCUACGACUGUUGACGUAGCAGACAGGGUCGUCGGAGAGGAGGUUGACGGGGAGGAUGCUGGCGAGGAAGAGGUCGACAGGGAGGGGCUUGUCUGA